GCGGGGCUUGCAGGACGUCCGCUGCGUGGUGCGCGCAGUCGGAGGUGCGGCAUGCUCCGUCUGUCUCGCACGUGGCGGGGCCCCCGUGGGCCGUUCGGCUCUCCGGCUCCCAGCUUCUCCGGGGCACCGGUGGCGCCCAGUAGCGGCGGCCGCGGGAACGCUGAGCCGAGGCCGCUGCCGCUGUCCUACACGCUUCUGGAUGGGGAGGCGACCCUGCCGGCCGUAGUCUUCCUGCACGGGCUCUUCGGCAGCAAGACCAACUUCUCCUCAGUCGCCAAGGCCGUGGCUCAGCAGACGGGCCGCAGGGUGCUGACUGUGGAUGCAAGGAACCAUGGUGACAGCCCCCACAGCCCCGAUGCCAGCUAUGAGGCCAUGAGCCAGGACCUGCAGGACCUGCUGCCCCAGCUGGGCCUGGUCCCCAGCGUCCUUGUUGGCCACAGCAUGGGAGGAAAGACAGCCAUGCUGAUGGCCCUGCAGAGGCCAGACCUGGUAGAACGUCUGAUGGCUGUGGACAUCAGCCCUGUGGCCACCACAUCCGUCUCCCACUUUGCAGCCUACAUGACAGCCAUGAAGGCCAUCGUCAUCCCACAGAAGCUGCCCCGCUCCCAGGCCCGCAAACUGGCGGAUGAGCAGCUCAGGCCUGUGGUGCAGGACAUGGCCGUCCGGCAGUUCCUGCUCACUAACCUGGUGGAGGUGGACGGGCACUUCUCCUGGAGGGUGAACCUGGACGCCCUGGCCCAGCACCUGGACCAGAUCAUGACCUUCCCUCCACAACAGCAGGCCUACCCUGGGCCGGCCCUCUUCCUCCUGGGCCCAGCCACCACCCAGAGAUUCGGCGGCUCUUCCCCCAGGCCCAGAUGCAGACAGUGCCUAACGCGGGCCACUGGGUUCACGCCGACCGCCCACAGGACUUCAUGGCUGCCAUCCGGAGCUUCUUGGCCUAAGAUGGAGACGCCAUGCUUCACGUCUGCACGGGUGGCCCUGGUUUCCACACAUGACUCAAGUAGGCACUGAGUGGGUAUGAGGGUGUAGAGGCAGGGGCACUGCCAGCUUUAAUGAAUAAAGACAGUGUUCCCCAAGUCUUGCCCUCAGUUCUCACCACCAGUGCCCCUUCCAACCAGAGGGGAACAGGGCCCAGGGGCUCCUGGUUGUGCCAGCAGUGCUGGGGUCCUUGUGGGCCCCCCUGGAUUCUCUGUGCAGCUGACUCUGGACCUGCUGUCUCACC